ACGAAGUCAUCUGUAACAUAUUCUUCACCUUGGCGACUUUGGAUAGGCCCAAAAUUAAUCUUAAUAUUUGAUGAUCCUGAAAAUAUUAAGAUUAUAUCAAACAAUCCGUAUGAUUUUAAAAGAAGUAAACACUAUGACUUUGUAAAACCCUAUUUUGGUAAUGGGUUGAUUACAGCUCCAGCGUCAAUGUGGAAAAUUCAUCGAGCGAUGUUAGGUCCAGUAUUCAAACAAAAAAUGUUUUCAACUUAUAUGGCCGGAGUAGUUAAAAAUUCAAAUAUACUGGCAACUAUUUUAGAAACUUAUAAUGGCAAAAACGUAGAUAUCAUGAAAAAUAUAUUGUCAUGUACACUUAAUAUAAUAUUCGAUUGCCUAUUGGAUUGUAAUUUAGAUUUACAAAACAAUUCGGAAAUAAAAUAUGCYGAAUACGCUGAGAAAGGCAUUGUCAUUAUUAUGGAAAGGAUGAUGAAAAUCUGGUUACAUCCGGAUUUUAUAUUUAACAUUUCGCCUCAGAGAAAGCGAUUACAGAAGCUUCGAUUAAAUAUUGAUAAUAUCACAUACGAGAUUAUAAGGAAAAAAAAGGAAUUAAUGAARGAAGGUAAUAUUCUUCAAGAAUCAAAAGGAGUUGAUGAAAAUAAAAUCAGAAGUCCAUUUCUUGAGGUGCUAUUAACAUCACUUUACAAGGGUGGAGAAUAUUCCGAAAAAGAUAUUCGUGAUGAAAUGAAUACAUUCAUUUUUGCAGGAAGUGAAACUAGUGCUAAUGCAAUUGCAUUCUUAUUUUUAAUGCUGGCAACAUUUCCGAAAAUUCAAAAUCAAGCAUAUCAAGAAUUAUACGAUAUGUAUGGUUCAAGUGAUGAUCCUAUUACAUUGGAAGAUACUAAAAAAAUGGAAUAUUUGGAGCGAGUCAUCAAAGAAACUUUACGAUUAUUUCCAUCUAUUCCAUUGAUUGGACGAACUGCAUCUAGAGAUAUGAAAGUGAAUGAGAAUUUGGUUAUACCGAAAGAUUGCUAUGUCCUUAUUUCAAUUAUUGGUCUUCAUCGAAAAGAGAAAAACUGGAAGAAUCCUUUAACAUUUGAUCCGGAUCGAUUUUUGCCAGGAAACUUCGAUAAAAAAUAUUUUCUGCCAUUUAGCCGAGGGAUUAGAAACUGUAUAGGACAGGAUUUUGCUAUGCUCGAAAUGAAGAUAAUUGCUGCUACCAUAUUAAGAAAAUUUACUCUACACACAGAUUAUGCAGUAUCAAUUGAAGAUAUUAAACUGAAAUUUGGUGUAACUUCGCAUCCAGCAGAACCUAUAAUAUUGCGAUUUUAUAAAAGAUGACAUUAUUCAUUAUUUUCAAUACUAUGCUUACAAUAAAACAAUUG